AUGUGGCUCUCCGUCGCUGGAACACUUCUAGUGGGAUUGCUGUUGCAACUGACGGAUCUGGGGCCAGAAAUUGGUGUCGUCAAUGCAUGCAUUUUUGUGACAUUGUUCUGCCGCUGCAUCGGGAAAUUUGCCGUGGUUGGACGUGGGCAUGAUUUUAAUUUCGUACCAUUGUCGCUACACAAGUUGGGACCACCGUCUUCCGCAAACCUGAGAACGGCAACCCUGUUUACGUUGAGUUCGCUGAUAUUGCUUGGGACCAUCCAGUUCCUUGUGGUUGUGGUUCGAUUGUUGCCCGAGCUUUGGCCACUCCGUGAUGCUCAAGAGGCUUGGGCUUCAAUCAUAGAGUUGGUCCCAACGUUCCUGGAAAUAAACAUCACGGAGGGCGAGCUCAUCAGUUCCCGCCAGAACCGUUUCAACAUCGAGUUGCCGUCUUGGAGCUGGUUCGACGUGUGUGGAAUGGAGAGGGUGCACGUGCACGAAUAUGGCAACAUCAUCGAACUGCCUGCUUCCAUCUUAGGCUUCCUUGGACUUCGGCCGCUGCCUAAGUUGGCAACACUCGCAGUGUUCGUUUUGAAGUUGCCGUUUGGCUUGAG